AACGUUUACAAUUAAAUAUUGUAGCUUGAUAAAAUUAACGUACCAUAUUUAUAAUAACGAUUAAUUUUAAAUAUUUAUUUGUUUGAACACGACGUUAUAGUUUAUUUGAUCUAAAACAAACGUAAUGAAGUCAUAUUUUAUAAUUUUUACAUUGAUUUUGUCAUUACAACUCAAACAAGUUUGGUCGAAUGAAAGUGUUUUUGAAAGAUCUUUGGACGACCUUAAACAUGCGGUAGGGAAUUUGAUAGAAGAAAUAACAAAAUCGAUAGGUUACAACUUAGAAUCAUUGGUGCCAAAUCAUUAUGAAGAUGAAGUUAAAAAUGAUAUUAAAAAUACAUUAAGGAAAAUAGAAGAUGGAGGACAUAAGGUUUUAAAAGACUUAGAAAAUUCUUUAACUCCAGAGAUUAACAAUCUAAUAAAAGGAGUAGCACAAAACUUAUACGUGACUGCUAUUAAAGGAACGCGUUUCACUUCUCAAUCAUUAUUGAAAAUGUCUAAUCAUGUAUUUGAUAAUUUUUCAAAAAACAAUCAAGAAAAUUUUAUCAAUUUAUGUCAUAUUGCCGAAAAACAACUAAAGUGGUUAAGAGAGUUGGUGAAAAAAACUAACAAAGAAUAUGACAUUGAGAAAUAUAAUAGGAUAUAAUAAUUGAUUCUUAUAUUGAAAAAUAAAAUGAUUUAUUUAACAAUGAA